AUGGAUUUUCAACUUUCCAACCUCUCAUCUGUAUCGAUAGGAUACAUUCCUCUCCGAGUUUCCAGUGACACAGGAAGCACAAACUGCUCUGCACUCGGAUAUGAUGCCUCUUACCAAUUUGUUCUGAUUCCAAUAAUAUACAUGAUCCUUUUUGUGGUAGGCAUUGUUGGAAACACAGUUAUCAUUGUGGGGCUGACAUGUUGUAUUCAGGCCAAGUCAGUGGCAAAUAUUUACAUUGUGAACUUGGCUAUUGCAGACUUGUCUUUUGUUGCCACUUUACCAUUCUGGGCUAUAGAUAUGUCAGUUAAAUACAAAUGGGUCUUCGGUUCUUGCAUGUGUAAGUUGUGUGCUACAUUGUCAUCAGUGAACAUGUACGCCAGCAUCUUUUUCCUCACGUGUCUUGGCGCUGAUCGCUAUUAUAGCAUUGUGCAUCCAAUAGAGGCUCAUGGAAAGCGAACUCUAACCAAGGCCAAAAUGAUAAUACUUUUUGUCUGGCUUUCCUCUAUUGCUGUGAGCACUCCAACAAUCUUCUUUCGGCAGACUUACUAUUCCAGUUACUCCCAUCAGAUCGUUUGUGCCAUGAAGUACCCACCAAACAGCCUAUUUUGGCACAUUUUCGUAUACUCUGUCAAGUUUAUAUUGGGAUUUUUCAUUCCUUUUAUCAUUCAGGGAAUAUGUUAUGUUUUGAUAUACAAAAAAAUUUUGGCAUCAGCUAAAGCUAAGCGUAAGAAAACCAAAAGUGACAACGUUUUAAGGGCUGUGGUGGCAAUGGUGCUUGCUUUCUUCAUAUGUUGGCUGCCAUUUCACAUAGUUAAUUUGCUCAAGUUAUUAGCUCGAUUCAAGCUAAUUACAAGUUGCAUGACUAUUCAUAACAUUAAUGUCGUUAUUCCAAUUACUGUUUGUAUAGCUUAUUCAAAUAGCUGUAUCAACCCUAUUCUUUAUUAUUUUGCAAGCAAGAGGUUCCGAAACCAACUCAUAAAAUCAUUAAAAAGGUCACUGUAG